AUGUCCUCUCCGUCGUCUGCGGGCAAACGCAAGCGCAGUGCUUCCCAACAUCUACCGGCCAAUGCCACCAAACCAACUCCCGCUGAAUUCCUACAACCUUCAUCUCGCGAUGCAUCUGGGGAAGAGGGUGAUGAGUCGACCGGUCCUCUCACUUCAUCUCCAAGCAAGCACAAGAUAUCCGCUCCCAUUGACGUAACGUCUGCGACCGUUCCGCCGUCCAAACGGGCCCGAAAGAGCUCAAUUGACCACGGUCCGAUCAAUGGUUCUGCAGCCGAGGAGCUGUCAGAAAUCGGCAAGGAGGAUCCGGGCGAGCCGUCCGAGACCACUGUCGCUAGUAGUGACAUUGAGAGUCGAAGCAAGGGCCGGCCCGGGUUGCAGAUAAAGACCCGGCAGAACUUGGGGCCGCCUGAAAAGGCUGGGUUGCAGGAUCCAGUGGGAUACAAGACGAACCCCCCUCCCACGGGACGCCCGGUUCGGGUCUAUGCCGAUGGCGUUUUUGAUCUGUUCCAUAUGGGUCACAUGCGUCAGCUCGAGCAGGCAAAGAAGGCUUUCCCAGACGUGCAUCUGAUGGUUGGGGUUACUGGCGACGAGGAGACUCAUCAGCGGAAGGGUCUGACGGUGUUGAGCGGCACGGAGCGCGCGGAGAGUGUCCGACACUGCAAAUGGGUGGAUGAAGUGAUCCCCAACUGUCCCUGGAUUGUGACUCCGGAAUUUAUCGAGCAGCACCAGAUUGACUAUGUCGCACAUGAUGACCUGCCGUACGGCGCUGCCGAGGGCGAUGAUAUCUAUGCUCCGAUCAAGUCCCAAGGAAAGUUCCUGGUUACCCAGCGAACCGAAGGUGUCAGCACUACCGGCAUCAUCACAAGGGUGGUUCGCGACUAUGACCAAUACAUUUCGCGUCAGUUCAAGCGGGGCGCUUCUCGACAGGAGCUUAACGUGUCAUGGCUUAAAAAGAAUGAGCUCGAAAUCAAGCGCCACGUCGCCGAGAUUCGGGACAGUAUUCGCACGAACUGGUCGACCACCGGCCAAGAAUUAGGGCGAGAAUUACGGCAGCUCUGGCAGAACAGUCGGCCCAGCAGCCCGGCGCCCAGCGCGAGGAACAGUGUGGACUUUGGCGGAUCUCGAAGUGGUCUGGUCAGUCCAACUGGGGGCACCAAGACUCAUCUCUCUCGGGUGGAGACGUUGGGCCGUCCUGAUAGUCCUGUAGGAGGCGGACGCAAUGAAGACUUUGCCACCGGCUACAGCUUGGGAUUGAUUGGGGGAGUAAGAGCAUGGAUGCGCAGUCGUCGGUCCCUCGUAGAAAGUCGGGCUCACUCUCCAGUCAGCGAGGAGGAUCAGGAAUCUGAACAAGAGCGGAGUAAUGGUCAUUUUGCUGGCAGCUCUACACCUGCUAAUGCGAGAAUUCAUUCUGCGUAA